AGAUAGCCACGUUGGAUCAAGAUGCCGUGAAACUGCAUCAUUAGCUGAACCCAUUGCGCAAUGGCUGGCACUUAUUGGUGGGAGCAAUGCAUGUUGGGUCUUUUUGUGGCCGGCUACGUCGUCCUGGUAGUGAACGCGCUCAUCAACCGCCGCAGCCGACUUGCGCAGACCAGCAAGUCCAAGAUCAUGAACGACUGCGAGCGCUGCUCCGUGGAGAUGGUGCGGAACAUCGUUCCGGACGCCGCGGUGCCGGAAUACCGCUUCCGCGGCAUGCGCCUCAAGAUGUCGGCCAUCCACAUUGGCUUCGAGAAGGUGGGUGUGAAGCUGAACUCGGACGGGCGCUGCAUCUUAGAGGGAGUCACCGGCGAGUUCCGGCCCAAGAAGAUGGCGGCGAUCAUGGGGCCGUCCGGCGCAGGUAAGACGACGUUCAUGAACGCCAUUUGUGGCCGAGCGUACUACGGGACGGUGACAGGACAGAUCCGCGUGAACGGCAAGGUCAGCAGCAUAGCCGAGAUCAAGCAACUACGAGGAUUCGUGCCACAGGAUGACAUCGUGCACGAGCAGUUGACUGUGCGUGAGCAGAUCUACUACUCGGCGCGCUUGCGCAACGCGGAGGGCACACCGAAGGCGGCCAUCGAGCACAUUGUCGAGGAUGUGUUGAAUGUUAUGCAGCUGCUAGACGUGCAGCACAGCAUCGUCGGCGACGUGGAGAAGCGCGGCAUCAGUGGGGGGCAACGAAAGCGGGUGAACAUUGGCCUGGAGCUGGCGUCGCGGCCCACCAUCCUCAUGCUGGACGAGCCCACCUCGGGCCUGGACUCCACCACGGCGCUGGACAUCAUCCGGUCCUUGAAGCGGUUGACGGCCAUCGGCAUGACGGUGGUCAUGGUGGUGCACCAGCCCAGGUACUCCCUCUUCACGCUCUUUGAUGAGGUACUGUUGCUGGGACUCGGAGGGCGGACGGUUUACCUGGACUCCAGUGAGGGAGUGCUCCCUUAUUUCACCGGCCUGGGAUUCAAGAUGCCGGAGCACGAGAAUCCGGCAGAUUGGUUCAUGGAUGUCAUUUCUGGCAAGGUGAAGAACGAGGCCAACCCCGGCUUGAAGUCCAGUGGCCUUGCUGAAGUGUGGAACGAGAAGAUGGACGGUGUACAGGAACAGGAUGUGGUCAUGCAGCAGCGAGGCACCCGUGAAGACAAGUUCACCUUCGCAAAAUGCUUGGAGGAGAAGCUCACAGCGGCUGGCCUGGGUGGAGCAGACCAGCUCACCAAGAAGCAAUUCCUGGAGUUCCUGUCGGACCUGGGCAUCGAGAAGCCCUGCGACGCGGCGGCGGAGCAGCUCAUGGAGCGGAUCGGCUUCCAGGAAGGUGUCGUCACCAAGCAGAGGCUCUCAUCCUUCCUCUUUUGCUUGAUGGGCUCCUUCUCGCAGGACGCCUUGAGCGAUGUCUUUGACUCCAAUUUGGACAUGGGCUAUUCGGAGGCGUCAGAGGUGAGUGAGGUCCCGGAUGGCAAGUCCUCUGGGCGGCGUGGCAGGUUCUUCUUCCAGUAUCCGGUUUUGGUGCAUCAAAACAGCAUCCGGUGGGCACGGCAUUGGCGGCACAAGGUAUUCAGCACCGCCCUCAUCAUGUUCAGCGCUUGCGUGUUUGGGCAGCAGGCCAGGGACAAGCUGUCGCCCGACAGCGUCUUGUGCCCCAUCAAGAUCAACAUCUCCCACGUUGCCAUCGGAGAGCUCACCGGCGUCGCGGUGCUCGCAAUUUUUGGCUCUGAUCGGCCAGUCUUUUGGCGGGAGAGUGCCAGUGGCAUUGGCGUCACCGCAUUCUUUCUUGCCAGGGUGACGGUGUACGCCUUCGACGUCCUUUUGUGGACCUACGCGUUCACCGCUGCCUGGGCGCUCACGUCCUCCGCCCCGUGCCCAUUUUGGCUUUGGCUCAUCGCCUUCCGCAUGACGGCGGUGAGCGCCGCGGGCAUCGGGGUGCUGAUGUCCACGCUAGUGCCGAAGCAGAGCUCCACCCUGGCCACCUCCGUGGUGAUCCUCAUCGCCGGCGGGGCGGUCAGCGAGCCCCAGGUGGUCGCAGAUGCCCGUGGCUUCACCUCGGCCCUGGCCUUUUUGUCGCCCUUCACGUGGGCGGCUGGGGAGAAUUACCUGGCCGUCAUUGCUAGCAUGGGGGGGGAGGAGAUGGUGAACUACUUCGCCAUUCCCAUGAUGGACGGGUACAAGAGGGUCUUGGAGUCAGUAGGGGGAGGCAGCCUUGAUUACCUGACCGCCUCCUACAUCUCUUGUGGUGUCUUCGGAUCUCUUUCCUUGAUCUUUGGCUAUUUGGGACUGCGGUUUUCACACCGUGGCAGGCAGGUCUGAGACCUUGAAUUCAUGCAUGAGAAUAAGACAAGCAAUGUCCUGUCUGUCGAUGUCUGCACAGCACCUCAAAGAGGAGGAAAUGCAUGCCACGUCCUCCAUGCUGCUCAGCAGCCGUGAUGGCUACGAAACCGGUUUCACGUAGAUGCACGAUGCUGACUCAGCAUGAACGGUUGGCUCAGCUCAAAGUUGGCUGUACAGCAAGCCUUAAAUGGUUUGAUCUCUACCACCUGCUACAGAUAGUCAAUCCCUGAUCAACAUUUGGUACCCUAAAGCCACAUUCCGUCGGCGAAUUUUCGAGCGGGUGGUGACAACGUAGGACUGUAGAACUUGCCGCUAG